UCGGGGAAUCUUUCACUCAUCCCUUCUUUAAGUUUAACACAUUUGCAUCCGAGACUUUAAACUAUUCUAAUUAUUGUUAUCAUAAGCAGUAUUUUUGCUUUAACAUGUCAAGACCCGACCAAAAGCCAAGGGAAAAAGCCAAAAAAAAUGUACUGCUAGAAUAUAAUAAUUCUUCGGUGGAGACUAGGAAAUUUCGUUUUGGGAAAAAAAUGAAAGAUAAGUAAUGGCUUCAGUGCUUUCUUUGUAACUCAUAGAUGUUGAAUUUUGCUCAUCUCUGGCUGCAAAAAGUAGUCCAACUAUUCAACCAAAGCACUUUACCUUCAUCUGUUAGAGUUUCCCUUGAAGAUGGCUGAAGCUGCACUCAGUUGUGUUAGUGUAAUCUUGAAUAAGAUACUUCCACUUACUGCCGACGAGAUCAGCCGGGCAUGGGGUGUAAAGAAAGACCUUCAGAAGCUCUCCAAGAAAGUAGAGAUGAUGGAAGCUUUGAUUUCUGAUGCUAAAUGCAAGCAAUCAACAAGCAAAGCCGUGCAGCUGUGGCUCAAAAGGCUCCAGUCCAUAGCACGUGAUGCUGAGAUCGUGUUGGAUGACUUUGGAUAUGAAGUUCUGCGGCACAAGGUUGAGAAUCGGAAGCGCGACAAGGUACGCAACUUCUUUUCUUCCUCAAAUCCUAUUUCCUUUCGUCUAGAGAUGGUUAACAAGAUCAAGAAUGUUAGCGCAUCUCUAGAGGAAGCUUACAGGGAAGCAAAUCAAAUAGGGCUUCAUCCAGUUCAGCUAACCAUGGCAUCUGCUGAUCACAAAGAGGAUCGGUUGACUGUUCCUUUUGUGGACGAGUCAGAAAUGGUGGGAAGGGAAGUUGAGGUAUCUCGAGUUGUAAGUAUGUUAAUUAGCUCAGACUAUAAGAAGGAUUUACCUGUCAUCUCAAUAGUUGGGAUGGGUGGCCAGGGUAAAACAACCCUUGCACAGAUGGUGCUAAAAAAUGACAGUGUAGCGAAGCAUUUUGAUAAAACAAUAUGGGUUUGUGUGUCUGACGAUUUCAGAAUGGAAAGGCUGUUGAAUGAGAUGCUACAAUCCCUCGAGGGGAAAAGUGCUGAGACGACAAACAAGGAAGCAUUGGUGAGGAAGCUUCAAGAGAAUUUGAAAGGAAAAAGGUACUUGCUUGUGCUUGAUGAUAAUUGGAAUGAGAAUCGAGAGAAAUGGGAUGGCAUGAGGAUAUGUUUGUUGGCAAUUGGGGGUGCUCCAGGAAGCAAAAUAUUGGCUACCACACGUAGCGAUGAGGUAGCCUCAGCAAUGCAAACAUCUGGUUUGCAUCAUCUAGACAUCCUCAAAGGUGAUCAUAGCUGGAUGUUGUUUGAAAAACUAGCAUUUGCAGACGGUGGUGCAACAAAGACUCAAGAUCUGGUGGACAUUGGCAGAAGGAUACUGAAAAAGUGCGGUGGCGUGCCAUUAGCGAUCAAAGUGAUUGGGGGUUUGUUGUAUUCCAAAAAGAAUGCCUCGGAAUGGUUGACAAUCGAGAGAAGUGAAAUAUGGAACGAGUCGACCAAUAUUGCAAAUGGAGUCAUUUCUGUCCUGAAGCUGAGUUACGAGAACUUACCUUCAUGGUCAGUGAAACAAUGCUUCGCAAGCUGUUCCAUUUUCCCGAAGGACGUUGACAUGGAAAAAGAAAGCUUGAUACAGAUUUGGAUGGCCCAGGGAUUGAUUAAUGAUGCUAAGGGAGGAGGAGGCCAUUUGCAAAUGGAGGAUAUAGGCAGUAAGUAUUUCAACGUAUUGCUUCGGAGUUCUUUGUUGCAAGCUGGUUAUAAGAAUUCUACUGAUGGAAUCUGGAGCUGCCGGAUGCACGACCUUGUGCAUGAUCUUUCACUGCAAGUGUCGAAUAAUCGUUUCUUAAAUACGGAGGAUGGCAUGGAAGUCAGUCAUGAUGAUGAAGUUAUGCAUUUGACCGUCAUUAAUCUGAGUCGAAGGAAGGUGUUAAAGAAUAUCGAAGGGAUUCCUCCAAAUUUGCAAACGCUUUAUCUUUUGGGUCAUGGUAUUAUGCUCGAAGACAUCUUGGAAAGGUCUAGAUACCUUUGUGUAUUAAAUGUAGUCUGCUGGGAUGUUACUCAUCUCCCGAAUGCAGUGGGUGAUAUGAAACAUUUAAGACAUCUUGAUAUCCGUGAAACUCGUAUCACCGCUCUGCCAGAUUCGGUCACAAAGCUCUACAAUUUGAUGACCUUGAAAGUACAUUGCUUGGAAGAGAUACCUAAGAAGUUUAGCAAUUUAAUUAACUUGAGGCAUUUUCAGUUUUCUGUAAGGCGGGUCGGAUGUUUGUUCCCUGGAAUCGGGCAGCUGGCUAAUCUUCGGACGUUGCCCCACUUUAGGGUAAGCCAAGCCAAGGGAUGUCAACUUGAGGAGUUGGAACACUUGCGCAACCUCGGAGGCGAGUUAAGAAUAUAUGGACUCGAAAAUAUGAGCAGCUUUGAAUCCGCAGCAAAAGCAAAGUUGUCCGAAAAAUCAAGCAUUCAAGGUUUAACACUUUCAUGGAAUGGCACGAAAGAAGAUUGCGACGACAACAAUAUCAACAGUGUCAUGGAAGGUCUCCAACCUCACCCAGACUUGAAACGUUUAGCCAUUAGUGGUUUCAAAGGUUCAAGGUUGCCGUCGUGGAUGGUGGCAAAGGAUCACUUGAUGGUACUCCUUCGGAAUCUGGUAGGCAUCGAGUUGAGAGGGAAUGGGCAAGUGUGAACAAGUACCACCACUAGGGGACUUGCCUUGUCUCGAGUCCUUACAGAUGGUCCGCUUACACAAUCUGAAGCGCAUUGGGGCUGAAUUCUAUGGUCUCGAUAUUAAUGCAAGGAGCAGCGCUUGUAGCAGUAGCAGUAGCAGAGAGGUGGAACCAAUAACUCUGUUUCCUAAACUGUCGCGUUUUGUUUUGGUGAAUAUGGGAAGUCUGGAGGAGUGGUUAGAUGCAAUGGUUCCCUCGGAUUCUUCUUCAUCAAUUAAAGUAUUCCCUAAUCUCCGAGACUUGAGAAUCUCAGGGCUCCCCAAGUUGGCUGUUUUACCAGAUAUGGAGAACUUGACAUCUCUUAAGGAGUUACAGAUAACGAGAUGCGGGAGUUUGGCUUGUAUAAGGAAUUUGAAUAGCCUCACAUCUCUUGAAUCCUUAUACUUAAGUGACUGCCCUGCUUUAUUAGAUGCUUCUCUAGAUAUGGAAAACCCCCAAUCCCUACGUAUUCUAGGCAUCUCAGGAUGUGAUAAGUUGAAUCCUUCGUUGAGUAAUAAUCUUGAGAAGUUCACGUCGCUCCAGCGGCUGACGAUCCGUUCUGAUGACCUUGGUUCUUGGCCAAUUAUGGUUCUCCACCAUCUGGCCAACCUCAGAUCGUUGGAACUCGGUGGCUUCUCUGACGACCAUGAUCAUUUCCCGUGGCCACACCCCAUCACCAAUCUCGUCUCUCUGGAGCGUCUUGUAUUGCGUGGAUGGCCAAAAAUCACGUCUCUCCCAGACCAAAUUCAGCAUCUCUCUACCUUGAGAACUUUAAAUAUGUGGGAGUUUGAGGGGUUGGAAGUUCUUCCAGAGUGGAUGGGUAGCCUUCGGAAUCUUCGAGAAUUGGAGAUUAAUAAUUGCUCUAACCUCAGACAAUUGCCCUCUGCAGAAGCAAUACGACACCUCACCAAUUUAAAUCAACUACGUAUCGCUAGGUGUCCUCUUUUAGCAGAGAGAUGCACCAAAGGAAGUAGCGCAGAGUGGCCCAAGAUUGCACACAUUCCCGAUGUUUAUAUCGAUGGAAAAGAAGUUUGACUGGUUUCGCAUUUGGGAAACAAACUGUAACUGGACAACAACCAAGAACAACGACCAAAGUAUUUCCAUGAGAACACCUGAGUUACAGUUUUACAGUAGUGUUACGUGUCUGCUGAGUGCCCUGUUGUGUUGGAAUGAGAGUCAGAGCCAUGCGUCCAAUGAUGAGUGACUGAGUCCACAAGCGGGAAUCGACAAUGGUGCAGCAGUGAGGAAAAGAGUUGCAAAGCGGUGAGCUGAGACCACAUUCAAAUGUUUGGGGGAUUUUGAUGAAUCUUGUUCUGACUAACUAUUUUGAUAAUAAAGGGAUUGUUUGUUGACUCAGUACCUCAUCGUGUAUAUCUUUAUUGCUGUUGACAUGUUUCUCAAUGUCCAACUCUAUUGUAAUGGUGGUCAUACAGAUUUUUUUGAGCCGAGGAGAGGAUUGCGUCAGGGAGACCCUCUCUCGCCUUACCUAUUUAUUUUGUGUGCAGAAGGCCUUUCGUCACUUAUCCAUAAGAUGGAGCGACAGGGAUUAUGGAGUGGGAUUCGAAUUGGUAGAGGGGGCCCUUCAAUCUCUCAUCUUCUAUUUGCAGAUGAUAGUCUAUUUUUUGCUAGAGCAGAUGAGCAGAGCAUCCAGGCCAUCCAAGAAGUACUGCGGGUCUAUGGGAGAGCAUCUGGUCAGAAGGCCAACUUUCAAAAGUCUCGGCUAUAUUGCAGUAGCAACAUGUCACAAGAAAGGCAAGGCCAACUGUGUGGGCUGCUAGGAGUGCAAGAGGAUGAUGGAAAAGGAGUUUAUUUGGGAUUACCAUACAUGGUUAGUAGGUCAAAAACUGAGAUCUUUGGUUUUAUUAAGGAGCGAGUUUGGAAGAAGCUCAAAGGGUGGAAGGAGAACACUUUAUCACAAGCCGGAAAGGAGGUGCUAAUCAAGGCAGUAGCUCAGGCUAUUCCCACCUAUGUGAUGUCCUGUUUUAAGAUCACAAAAAAGCUAGGGGCUGAUAUUAAUUCUCUCAUACGGAACUUUUGGUGGGGUCAAAGAGGGCAGGAGAGGAAAUUGUGUUGGCUGAAAUGGGAUCAAUUAUGUAAAUCAAAAUCCGAAGGUGGUUUGGGUUUUAGAGACAUGGAAGCCUUUAACCUUGCUUUACUAGCAAAACAAGGGUGGAGGAUAAUUAAAAAUCCUGAAUCUCUGGCAGCCAGAGUUUUAAAGGCCAAAUACUUUGCUAAGACAGAUUUUCUGAGUGCCAAAUUAGGGAGUCAUCCAUCUUAUCUUUGGAGGAGUUUAUUAGAUGGAAGAGAACUACUGCAAAGGGGUUUAGUGUGGAGAGUGGGUGAUGGAACAAAUAUAAAGGUAUGGGAUGAUGCUUGGGUACCUUAUCCUCCUUUCUUCCGAGUUUCACAAUGUUCCAAAACAUUAUGGCCAGACGCUAAAGUAUGUGACCUAAUUGAUGCCCAUUCUGGUGGUUGGAGACAGGACUUGCUCUAUGCUCUAUUCUUGAGUCAUGAGGUACAGAAUAUUCUGAGAAUUCCUCGUUCUCCAGGGUGGGCUAAGGAUGAGUUAAUCUGGUAUUAUAACAAAAAUGGAAGUUUUGAUGUUCGGUCAGCGUACCAUCUCGCAAGAACCUUGCAGAGGUUGGACGAAGGUGGGGAGGGGGCAUCAUCCAGUAGCAAAGAGAAGUCUUUCUGGCUUAAGGUUUGGAAUUUGAACAUCCCUCCAAAGGUUAGAAUUUUUGCUUGGCGCGCUUGCUCUGGUAUUCUACCUACGGGGCAGAACUUAUCAGCGAGGCUAAGGAAAGACGUACUACGUUGCAGUUGGUGUGGCUGUGAGCAAGAAACUGAUAAGCAUGUAUUCUUUGAGUGUGGUUUUGCUCAAGAAGUUUGGGAGCGAAUGGGACUGCUGAGAGCAAUUCGCAAGUCUGCUCCAUCAAACUUCAAGGACUGGUUUGACUGCUGUUUGAAGUUUCACAGUGUAGGAGUAGCGGAACUCAUUGUGGUCACCAUGUGGAUGAUUUGGAAAAGCAGGAACCAAGAAUUAUUCGAGGGCAAGGUACGGGAGGCGACACAAGUGGGCGAAUCUGCGAAGGCUUUCUUGCAAGAGUAUUGCAAUAUCCAUAACAACAAAGGAUUACGGCAACAUCAGGAGUAUACCAAAUGGGUUGCACCAGAGGAGAAUUAUUUGAAGAUUAAUGUGGAUGGAGCCUUCGCUGAAGAAGCAGCUGGAAUAGGGGUGGUGGUUAGGGAUCAUUUGGGUCAAGUAGAGGCUGCAAUGGCAGCACGGGUUAAGGGAGCUCACAGUGCAGAACAUGUGGAAUGCUUGGCCUUCUUAAGUGCCCUGGAGUUCGCAAGAGAUUUUGGAAUCACACAUUUUUUGCUAGAAGGGGAUGCAUGCUUUAAGAGUCGUCCAGAGGAUUAACAGCAAUGAACCCGACAUGUCCCUAAUAGGUAAUGUAAUUCAUGGCAUCCGAUCUAUGCUGAAUUCUUUUGAUUAUGUCAAGAUUAGUCAUGUAAAGCGGACUAAUAAUGGUCCUGCACAUAUCAUGUCUAAAUUGUCAUUAACUCUAGAGGGAAGUAAUGUAUGGUUUGUAAACUUCCCUACGAAUGUUACUGAAGCUGCUCUUGCUGAUAUGCAAUGAAUGGACGUUUUUUCUUCAAAAAAAAAAAAAAAAAAA